AUGGAGUGGAUGUGCAAAAAACAAAUUUCCACCCUCUCUCUUUUAAGGAAAGAUUUCUUUUCCCUGAUGCACCCUUUGGAUCUCAUUAAGACCAGAUUUCAAAUUCAAAGAGGUGCUGAAGAUCCUACUCGUUACACGUCAUUGUAUGAUUGUUUCAAGAAGAUUUCCAAAUCUGAAGGACUUUUGGGGUUUUACAAAGGAAUUCUCCCUCCAAUUUUAGCUGAAACACCAAAACGUGCCACAAAAUUCUUCACUUUUGAGCGAUAUAAAAACCUCUUUUCUAUCGGACAGCAUCUCUCACAGCCUGUUCAACAAAGCACCAUCUCAACAGCAAGAGAAAUUCUAAAGAAAGAUGGGUUUGGUAACAAAGGCUUAAACAAAGGUCUUACAUCAACUCUUGGUCGCCAUGGUGUCUUCAACAUGAUAUAUUUUAGUUUCUAUCAUAAUAUUAAAAACAUCUUGCCUGAAAAAGAGGAUAAAACUGUUGAUUUUCUUCAAAGGUUUACAAUUGGCUUUCUAUCUGGAGUCAUUGGAUCUUGUACAAACAUUCCUUUUGAUGUUGCUAAGAGUCGAAUACAAGGACCACAACCAGAAGCUGGUGUCAUUAAGUACAAGACAUGUUUCCAGACAAUAAAACUUAUAUACAAAGAAGAAGGAUAUUUGGCCCUUUACAAAGGACUUGUUCCUAAAGUUUUACGACUUGGUCCAGGUGCUGCUAUUAUGAUGAUUGUUUAUGAAAAUGUCUUCCAAUGGCUCAAAGAAAAAAUAUGA